GAAAUAGAAGCCAUUAACCUACCUUGUUCAGAGGUAACACUAAAUCAGCACAAUAUGGCACAGCACAGUAUUGUCCUUGGAUUAUUCACGAUGACUGUUUUAUCACUGUUGGAUGGAAGUUCAGCUUUCCUGUUAAAUCAACGUCUGAAGGGAAGAUUUCAAAGAGACCGUAGAAACAUCCGCCCAAACAUCAUCCUUGUUCUUACUGAUGAUCAGGAUGUAGAACUUGGUUCUAUGCAAGUGAUGAAUAAAACAAGGCGGAUCAUGGAACAUGGAGGUGCUCAUUUCAUCAAUGCAUUUGUGACAACACCCAUGUGCUGCCCAUCUCGCUCCUCUAUUCUUACGGGGAAGUACGUCCACAACCACAACACUUACACUAACAAUGAGAACUGUUCUUCUCCGUCCUGGCAGGCUCAGCAUGAAAUACGUACGUUUGCAGUGUACCUCAACAACACAGGAUACAGGACAGCUUUCUUUGGAAAGUACCUUAAUGAAUACAAUGGCUCCUACGUGCCUCCUGGUUGGAAAGAAUGGGUUGGAUUACUUAAAAACUCUCGAUUUUACAACUACACACUCUGUAGAAAUGGAGUGAAGGAGAAGCAUGGAUAUGACUACUCCAGGGAUUAUCUAACUGAUCUGAUUACCAAUGACAGUAUUACCUUCUUCAGAAUCUCAAAGAAGAUGUAUCCUCACAGGCCUGUACUGAUGGUUAUAAGCCAUGCUGCUCCUCACGGCCCUGAAGAUUCAGCCCCUCAGUACUCACAUCUCUUUCCUAAUGCCUCACAACACAUCACGCCCAGUUAUAACUAUGCUCCAAACCCAGACAAGCACUGGAUAAUGAGGUAUACAGGCCCCAUGAAACCUAUACACAUGGAGUUCACCAACAUGCUACAGAGAAAGCGCCUUCAAACACUCAUGUCUGUGGAUGACUCCAUGGAGAUGAUUUACAAUACAUUGGUUGAAACAGGUGAACUGGACAAUACAUAUAUAAUAUACACAGCAGACCAUGGUUAUCAUAUUGGACAGUUUGGGUUGGUAAAAGGAAAGUCCAUGCCAUAUGAGUUUGAUAUCAGAGUUCCUUUCUAUGUCCGAGGUCCAAAUGUGGAGGCUGGAUCCUUGAAUCCUCACAUUGUGUUGAAUAUUGAUCUUGCACCUACAAUUCUAGAUAUUGCUGGAUUGGAUAUUCCAUCUGAUAUGGAUGGUAAAUCCAUUCUAAAGCUUCUGGAUUCUGAGAGACCAGUGAAUAGGUUCCAUUUAAAGAAAAAGAUGAAGGUGUGGAGAGACUCAUUCCUAGUGGAAAGAGGUAAACUGCUGCAUAAGAGGGAGAGUGAGAAGGUAGAUGCCCAAGAAGAAAACUUUCUACCUAAAUACCAGCGUGUGAAAGACCUCUGCCAGCGAGCUGAGUAUCAAACAGCUUGUGAACAGCUUGGCCAGAAAUGGCAGUGUGUGGAAGAUGCCAGUGGAAAGCUCAAGCUACACAAGUGCAAGGGAAUGGCGAACUUGGCAGCUGCAGGCAACAGCAAAGGCACCUCCAAUAUUUUGCCCAAGUAUUACAACAGGAAUAGUGAAGACUGCAAUUGUGAGGAGAACGAAUACAAGCUGAGCCAUGUCGGACGGAGAAAGAAACUCUUCUCCAAGAAAAAAUACAAACCAAGCUACGUCCGGAAUCGCUCUAUCCGUUCUGUGUCUGUUGAGCUGGAUGGAGCCAUUUAUAACUUGGGUUUAGAGGAUGGCUACCAACCUGUCUUACCAAGAAACAUCACCAAGCGACACAAGAUGCAGAGGGCUGUUUUUCGCGAGGAGGAGGAUAAAGACGUGGGGGAAUUCAGUGGCACCGGUGGCAUUGCAGAGUACACAGCACCUAACCUAAUAAAAGUGACUCACAGGUGCUAUAUCCUGGAGAAUGAUACCGUCCAGUGUGACACAGAUCUGUACAGAUCACUGCAAGCUUGGAAGGACCAUAAACUUCAUAUUGACCAUGAGAUUGAAACUUUGCAAAAUAAAAUAAAAAACCUGAGGGAGGUGAGAGGUCAUCUGAAGAAGAAGCGACCUGAAGAGUGUGAUUGUAACAAGAUAAGUUACCAUUCAAAACACAAAAGCAAACUGAGGCACAAGGGAUCUGGUCUUCAUCCUUUCAAGAAAGCCCUACAGGAGAAAGACAGGCUGUGGCUGCUUAGAGAGCAAAGACGAAAGAAGAAACUGCGCAAACUGCUGAAGAGAAUAAAAAAUAACGACACAUGCAGCAUGCCUGGUCUGACCUGCUUCACCCAUGACAACCAACACUGGCAAACUGCUCCCCUGUGGACACUAGGCCCAUUCUGUGCCUGCACCAGUGCCAACAACAACACAUACUGGUGUUUGAGGACAAUCAACGAGACCCACAACUUCCUGUUUUGUGAAUUUGCUACUGGAUUUCUGGAGUAUUUUGAUCUCAAUACUGAUCCAUAUCAGCUAAUUAAUGCAGUGAAUACACUAGAUAGAGACGUUCUCAAUCAACUGCAUGUCCAGCUCAUGGAAUUAAGAAGCUGCAAAGGGUAUAAACAAUGCAAUCCAAGAACUAGGAACAUGGAUCUGGGACUUAAAGAUGGAAGCUACGAGCAGUACAGGCAGUUUCAGCGUCGAAAGUGGCCAGAUGUGAAGAGACCAUCAUCUGCCAAGUCACUAGGACAACUGUGGGAAGGAUGGGAAGGCUAACCUCCCCCAACCGCUGCACCUCCAUGAGGACACAAACUGGCCAGAACUUGAAUCCAUGUACAGACUAAAUGAGAACAUGUAUGACUUCAGAAAGAAUUCUAAUGUUAGCCUGGAGGACUGGAUAAACUUUGAGGCUGAAAUAGAUAGAAUGUUUGCACUGGUGAGUGGAUUAAAUAGAUGCAGUGAAAUUA